AUGUUUUAAUCUUAUAGAAGUUUAAGAAGGUCUAAAUUGGAGUCUUUUUAUGGGAAAAUCAAGUUCAAAUUGGAAAUAUAUGAAAGAGUUUUAGUUAGAUUUGAUGCUUUAGGAAAUUUUUUUGUCAUAAAGUACUUUAUGUGUAUAUUUUUUAGGUAUUUUUCCUUUUCCUUAUGUUACUUCGAAUUCUAUUUUACUCAUUUUUAAAGUUGUUACAAAUAAAACCCUUUCUUAUAAAAUAGUUUAACCUUUUUCAUUUAUUUAGAUCUUAUAGUAACCUAAAUCAGUUAUAUGAGAUGGUUAAAUUAUCAUUUCUAAAUGCCAUUGAAGGUUUUCGCUUUUGGAAAUUUAAAUUUCAUUUUAAACAAUAUUUUUAUUUCUUUUGAAAAUAUUUCCAGUUAGAUUUAUUUAAGGAGAUAUUUCUUCAAUUUUUUCGCCGAGAAUAUUUUCGUAGCGUAGUUGUAUUUGGUAGGGUUUUUUAGUGGAAUAUGUGAUGGGGGUAUUUUUAAUAAUGAGGAUUUUCAAAAGAGGGAAUUCUAAGUAAAUCUUAAGUAGCUCGUAUUUUUCUUCAGUUCGUAGAAUGGAUGA